AUGACUUCCAAUUCUCUUUAUGAUAUGCUUGUAAAUGACUCUGACUUCUCUGAAUCUGAUGAUGAUUUGGAGAUGCUCAAAGCUGUUACUAUGGAUGAAGAACUACUAGAUAGUGAGAUAGGAUCAAGCUCACGUCGUGGUUUUGUUCGAGGUCGUAAAGUCAUUCAUCGUGACCAUAUUCAAGGUCAUGAAAGGAUUUUUCUCAACUAUUUUGCUGAAUCACCUGUAUAUCCUCCUGAGCUAUUUCGAAGGAGGUUUCGGAUGAAGCGUUCACUUUUUCUUCGAAUUCAAGCUGCGGGAAAUAAGAAAAAACUUUUUGCUGCAGCUCAAGAGGCGACAAGAAAGGAUGUAGAGCGUGCAUUUGGAGUGCUUCAAGCACAAUUUGCAAUUGCGUGCAUAAUUCUACAUAAUAUGAUCAUUGAGGAUGAGCGAGAUGAUAAUGGAGUAAAAGACUUCAAUUAUGAUCAAAUCGAUGACAGUUCCCAUGUAACGGUGUUACAGGAGAGAACUACUGAACUUAUGGAAUUCAUUCAAUGUCAUCAUAACAUUAGAGACAGGCAAACACAUUCUCAUCUCCAAUCGGACCUUGUCGAACACUUGUGGCAAUUACACAGCGAGUCGUAA